CGUACGUCCUUUUUACAGCAUCAGUGAAGUAUCCCUCCCAACGACGACCUUAAUCCCUACAAUGAUGAUUUUUUCGCCUUCAGUGCUGCGUUACGUUAUGAUAAAUCAUUGCUAAUGUUUAUGAUGAGAAUCAUAUGAUACGCAAACGGAAAUGCAUCCUGCUUGGGAUCCACCUGGUUUUGGACUACGCCACCCUAUCUCGCUGCUGUAAGCCGCAGCACCGCACAUCAGCAUCGGCACAGCUGGACAGCGGCAGCCUGGAAGCGUUGCUUCACCUUCACCCUCACUGGUCAUGUGGAAAUAUCUGGUAAUGAUGCUCCUCUGAAGGACAGCGAACAUCUCAGCUGCUUUUUGGUGACCCCCCUAUACUACAAGAUCAAAAACCCAAAGCUUCUUCAGUCCCUCCAUCCUCCUCAGAGUAUCAGCCCCAUUUCUUGCAGGCCUUUAAUCCAUAACCAGGCUCCAAGAUGAGCGGGCUCUUUGCCAAACUGGACCCGCGGCGGAUUCAGUGGGGGGCCUCCUGGUUUGCCUUCCAAUCCCGUGUCCUGCGCACGAAGCCGGUGGAGUCCAUGCUGGAAAGCACGGGAGGCACUGGGGCUCACGGCACUAAACUCGCCCGCGUUCUCUCCACCGUGGACCUUGUGUCUCUGGGAGUGGGAAGCUGUGUCGGCACUGGCAUGUAUGUGGUGUCUGGACUGGUGGCUAAGGAAAUGGCAGGUCCUGGGGUCAUUGUGUCUUUCAUCAUUGCUGCUGUGGCCUCCAUCCUGUCAGGGGUGUGCUAUGCUGAAUUUGGUGUGCGAGUGCCUAAAACCACAGGAUCAGCCUAUACUUACAGCUAUGUGACAGUGGGAGAAUUUGUGGCUUUUUUUAUUGGCUGGAAUCUGAUUUUGGAGUACCUGAUUGGUACAGCAGCAGGAGCCAGUGCACUCAGCAGCAUGUUCGACUCUCUGGCCAAUCACAGCAUCAGCGGCUUCAUGAUCAACCACAUAGGAACACUCAACGGCUUGGGUAAAGGGGAGCAGGCGUAUCCGGACAUCUUGGCCCUGGUCAUAGUCAUCCUGGUCACAGUGAUCGUUGCUCUAGGCGUGAAGAAUUCCGUCGGGUUCAACAACGUGCUGAAUGUCAUCAAUCUGGUGGUGUGGGUAUUCAUAAUGAUUGCAGGCCUGUUCUUCGUCAGUGGCAGCAACUGGGAUGAGGGACGAUUCUUGCCUUAUGGCUGGUCAGGGGUCAUGCAGGGUGCAGCCACAUGCUUCUAUGCUUUUAUUGGGUUUGACAUUAUAGCCACCACCGGAGAGGAAGCCAAGAGUCCCAACACAUCCAUCCCUUAUGCCAUCACUGCCUCUCUGGUCACCUGUCUCACUGCCUAUGUCUCUGUGAGUGUGAUCCUCACGCUGAUGGUCCCCUACAAUGAAAUUGACACAGAUGCUCCGCUGAUGGAGAUGUUUUCUCUACAUGGCUUCCAAACUGCCAAAUACAUAGUGGCCAUUGGCUCCAUUGCAGGACUGACAGUCAGUUUGUUGGGCUCUCUCUUCCCAAUGCCGAGAAUCAUCUAUGCCAUGGCCGGAGAUGGUUUGCUCUUCAGGUUCCUGGCCAAUGUGAGCACAUACACAGAGACUCCUGCAGUGGCCUGUGUGGUGUCGGGCUUCCUCUCUGCUCUCUUGGCUUUGCUCGUCAGUCUGAGGGACCUGAUUGAGAUGAUGUCCAUCGGCACUCUGCUAGCCUACACGCUAGUGUCGGUGUGUGUGCUGCUGCUACGUUACCAGCCCGAAGGAGACAUUCACGGAUUCGUAAACUUCCUCUCCGAGCAGAACGCAAAGCGUAAGGAGGGAGUUCUGGCCGAGUGUGAGAAGGAAGCCUGUUCGCCAAUCAGUGAGGUCGAUGAUUUUGGAGGAGCUCCAACAAACACCUGUGGAGCCAAGAACUUGCCGUCUCUAGGAGACAACGAGAUGCUGAUCGGUAAACCUGACAAGUCCACCUACACAGCCAGUCACCCCAACUACGGCACAGUGGACAUGUCCUCAGGCAUCGAGUCAGAUGAGACAGAUAGCGUGUAUCUGCUAAAGUUGAAGAAGCUGCUGGGGCCUCGCUAUUACACCAUGCGCAUUCAGCUUGGCCUGCCGGGCAAGAUGGACCGACCCACCAUGGCCACUGGCCGCAUCGUCACCCGCUGCGUCAUUUUGCUCUUCAUCCUCAUCUUCUGCUUCUGCUCCCUCAUCAUCUUCGGGUCGGGUCAGAUCGCUGAUGGCCAGUGGUGGGCGGUGCUGCUGCUGGUGCUGCUGCUUCUGGUCAUCAUGCUGUUGAUCUUCAUCAUCGUUCAGCAGCCGGAGAACCCCAAGCGCCUGCCCUACAUGGCUCCCUGCGUUCCCUUCGUCCCGGCCUCCGCCAUGCUGGUAAAUGUUUACCUCAUGCUCAAGCUCUCCACCAUCACAUGGAUCCGUUUUGGCGUAUGGUGCUUUGUGGGUGUUUUGAUCUACUUCGGCUACGGCAUGUGGAACAGCACCCUGGAGAUCACGGCACGUGAGGAGGAGGCCCACGCUAGCACAUACCAGCGCUAUGACAUUGGCGUGGAUGACAACUUUGUAGUAGAUGAUGAUCUGCACCCUUCUGGAGACGGAGGGCCGUACCAAACCUGGGGCUCCCAUGAGGGCAAAGGUGGGCACCAGAAACAGCAACACCAGGAGCAGAGCGAGCCUCAGCCUGACGGCCUGGACAGGGUGGACAACCACAAGACCUCCUCUUCCUCCUCAAACAGCAGGGCCAAAAGCAAAGCUGGCAAACCCAGUCCGGGCUUUGAGGCCCUGGUAGUCGACGACGAUUUGGACGAUCCUUUGGAAUGAGAAUGUAAUCUGAAUGUACUCGUCUGCCAACAACUGCAGAACCCUUGGGCUAGGUUGUUAUGUCUCUGCAAUGAGUUUUUAUUUUAUUCCUAUUCUUUCAUUUGCAGCCCUUUUUCACUACUGAUAGGAUAAUGAGAACACAUAGGAUGGGAUUUAAAUUUUUGAAGGCUUUUGAUUGGCUUUUUUUUUUUUGACCACACAGAACCUAAAGAGCCCAAAUAUUCCUUCUUUUUAAAAUCAAUUUUAACAGUUUGAUCCCUAAUUCUCACUGUAAUCAUGUUACCGAAUUCUUCGGCACUUAAAUAUAUAUAAUCUAUUGUUUCACUUGAAAAAGUCCCCACCCAAAUUACAGUAACUAGCAUGAAAUUUAUUAUCCGGUGAGUAGUUUAUUACUGCCCUGUUAGUUAUCACAGUCCCACAGCCUUUCCCAAUAUGACCGUCUUUCAUCUGUCAGGAGGAUGUCCAUUCACAGGUCACUUCCUGUAGUCUGUUAGCCCCAAUGUUAUGUGGGGUCGAUAUAAAACCAGGAAACAUUGCCGUGUGAAGCCCUAAAACACUUAAAGCGCUUUGCAUACUUUUGCAAUUCAAUAAGCAGUUGUUUUUCUUAAUAAAUUUUAAUGUUGCAUACAAAAAGGUUCGUUUUGAGAAGCAAAGAUAAAUGAUAGCCAUAAAAUGCGACUGAGAAUGACCCCACUGAAUCAAAGGCCUCGUUCUCUUCUGCUCUAACAUCUAGCCCAAGUGAGGUUUUGACUGUAGGUUGUCACAAAUAGUAAUUGGACUUUGCUUGCAAUAGUGCCUUCAUCUGUCAGUGUGUGCUUUAAAUAUGACCAUCAAGAUUUCCAUGCAUGUUUGUUUGUCAUUUCUGUUGAUGCCGACAUAUCCAUGGGGGUUUUUUUCCCUUGUGAAGGUGCCUGUCAGCCGUCACGUGUCACCACCGACCAUCCAUUCAUCCUAUGUGCCAGUGACUCCGCUUCAUCCUUGCAAGCAGGCAGCUCUGUGUAAAUACUGACGGUGUGACCACAGUAUGAUUUGUGUCUCUCAGCUGGUCAGUGUGUCCGUUGACCAAAAAAAAGGAAGAGGUUUAGGAAAAGAGAGGGAGUGAAAUUUGCAUGUGGUGUGGAGCCUGUUGUGAAUUUUUUAUCUGGCUGUGCUCUUCUGCUGUUCUCCUAUAAUUCAUGUGGCGUUCAAUUGAUCUGUUCAGUCUAACUCUAUCUGUGCAACAGCUCUGGCAGCCGAAAAAGGCAAAAAAUACAUAAAUAAUAAAAAACAAAAAGCAACCAAGCCAGGCCUCAAAUCCAUACAUUUGGAAGGCCACAUGUGUUCAAAACGCACUGUGUAUUUCAUGUCAUAUUACUUUAAAUGUGUCUCAACCAAUUUUUUAUUUGUGACAAAUAUGUUGAAAUAACAAAAAACGAAAUAUUGAGUUGCCAUAAAUUAUUUGCAGGCUGUGUCCUUUUAGUCCCAUUAGCUCUCACAAGCGCAUAGAGCUUCAUUUUGGGGCCUGGGUUGGUUUAGUUCCUUGCAUCUGGUCUAUGAUGUGAUUCUUUGUCGCCGUGGCAUUUUGCUGAAUGUAUAGCAUGUUCCAAACAAACAGGCCCAGAGUAAAACUGUGAGUAUUUGCAUGUGUAUUGACUGAUGAAAGACUUGAUGUAAAUCUCAAAUGUAGCAUUCUGAGAGACGAGGGUAGCAGCCUGCCGACCGUACACCCCCCGAACCCUCCUUUUCCCGAGUGGCCUCUGUUUACAAAGCAAGCCAAAGUCUGCAACCUUUGUUUACUAUAUCCGACAAAAGACACCAUUUUACUUCUGUAGAGUAGAAUACCAUAUAACAGUGUGGAGACGUGAGAUAUCGAAGAGAAGUAUUUUUUUACAGGCAUUUCAUACCUUCAGGUUCUCUGUUGGGGUAGCCUAGUCACCACCGGUGGUGUUUUGUGGGUACAGAAGAACUUCUAAAGAAAAGUGUUGAAAGCAUAUAUUUUUAAUUACCUCUUUCUAAAAACAGAACUGGAGAUUUUGGGAUUUUGAUUUAGUAGUUUUGAUUUAAAUAAAUGUUAGCCCAUAAGAAUAGGCUCAAAGAGGGCAUGGUUUUAAAGGGAUAGUUCCCCCCAAAAUAAAUAUUAUGUCAUCAUAUACUCACCCUCAUACCACUUCCAAUCUGUACACAACAAAAAACUUAUUUUUUUGUCCUUACAAUGGAAUUCAAUGGGGUCCAUUGAUGAUGUUUGGACCCCA